GUACAUAGAAUAGGAACGAUAGCUUGUGAUAUUUGUUAUGUUAUGUUUACCCGAAAAGCAUUGAUGAGGCAUCAGCAGGUGUGCAAUUCUAACAACAUCCAAAAGAUCUAUAAGUGCCACUUAGAUGGUGAUCGAGCUCCCUUUCGUAGCUACGAAUGCUAUGUUUGCAAAGGCACUUUACCAACUUUUCACGACCUGAGCAAUCACAUAGACAAGCACAGUGUUUACCAACAAUGGAUUGAUCCAUCGAACAUCAUAUUAUCAAAUUGGAGACCGGAAGACUCUCAGGAGAUACUACAAAACCAACCACUGGUGCUGGUUGAAAAUUUGAAAAUUCAUCAAAUUAAUUUGGCAUCGUUGGGCGGUUUUAUUGAUGGAAAUUCUCGUUCAAAUCCUUCAAAAUUAUUGGAGCAUACCAUUGACGGUAAACAGGAAUACGAAAUGGAAUCAACUUCAACAGAUCAUGCUGAGUGUUAUCCAGUAAAAGUUGAAACACAACCUCAUAAUAAUGAUAUGGUCAAUAAGGCAGACAUUCAUAGUAAUGUCAUCAAUGUAAUAGAUAUAUCAUCUGAAAGUGAUGAUGACGAUGUCGCAUUCAUUUCUGAGACAAUUUGUUGUGAUUAA